AUUGGUUAAGAUCGAACUUUACCGAAAAAUGUCAUUCAGGAAUUCUCUUUCUCCAUUCGCUCCACUCGGAUCCGAAAGAUGACGACAUGUCGAUGGCGCGGCAUCUCCAUAAGUUUGCGAAGUGGUUUCCCGGCAAGUUCACGGUCCCCUCUCGGGUUCUUGUCGUGCCGACCAGGAUCCCGGCGUAUAUUCUUUCCGAGGACAGGCUUAGCCAACGGUUGUUGCAACUCGAAAACUUAGCGGGAGUGUUGAAUGACAAUGGUAACAGAUGGCACGUGUCACUGCUCCCUGCGACCUUUGAAGGAAGACCAGAAACAGCAUGGAAUGCGGUACUGUUGCUUCUCAAGGAUACACUUGAGACGCAGACAUGACUUCUCCCUGUCGAGAUCUACAUUGAAACGUAUGCCUCCGAGACUCCCAGAUGGCUGUUUAGUUCUCCAAAGUCUUGCCGAUUUUCUUCUGAAGGAGUUCAGGGAUGAAGGAAGAGACGGUGGUUUGGACACGAUAAUCGCCCUCGCGCGAACUGCAGUGGAGUUCGCUCCACCGGGACACCCACGACUCCAUACAGCUCUUAUUAACCUUAUUGACCUCCUCUCUGAACGAUGCAAGAAGGUAGACACAAAAGUGGAUCUGGAUGAGAUGAUUACUCUGAGGCGAGCUGCGUUGGAAUCUGUGCCCCAAAACCACCCAAGAAGACGAACGAUUCUUCUUGAACUCGACGAUUGCCUUUAUGAACGCUUCAAGAAGGGGGAUGACAUGGCGGAUCUUGAGGCAAUUGUAUCUCUUCGUUGGGCUAUGUUGGAAUGUACUCCCCAACCGGACCAAUGCAGAACUGUUCUCAAUCUCGCUAAUUCUCUUCUCGAAAGAUUCGAGAAACUGGGCUUGGCCACCGACGUAAAGGAAGCAAUCAACCUUGGACGUACUGCUUUGGAACUUUGCCCUCUGGGACAUCCCGACCGUACAUUGUCUCAGGACUGCCUUGCGAAUUAUUUGGAUGCGAAGAGUAGAAAACAGGGUGCCCAAGCCCGAGCUCGCAUAGCGGGAGCGAGGGGCGAUCCCUCUAGUUCCGCCGACAUCUGGCUAACGAUCAAGAAGAUUGUUUUCGAAACAGUCGAAAAAAUUCCAUUACGGCUGUUGCAUACAUCGACUGGCGUUCUAUGCAAUCGGGAUGCCCUGCUAUCCCUCUUCGAGGGUAGCCUUGAAUAUGGCCAGCUACCUUCGUCGAUGACCGCAUGUGACGGCCAGCGACAAGAAGCCCUAAUCCGUGAAACAGUCACUAGGUUCUUUAAAUUCGCCACAUUAUCUCACAGAUGGGGAAGUGCGGAGCCGAUACUGCGUGAUGUUGAGGGUAAAAGUAUCUAUGAUUUGGACGGUGGAGACGGUUUGGAAAAGCUUCAACGGUUUUGUGCUCUCGCUCUCAGACGUGGCUUCUUGUGGGCAUGGAGCGAUACAUGUUGCAUUGACAAAGACAGCAGCGCUGAAUUGCAAGAGGCGAUUGGGUCUAUGUUUUUUUGGUAUCGCUCGUCGUCACUGACGCUUGUGCACCUCUGCGACGUCUGCAACACCGAUUUCCUUGCCAAUAGUGUCUGGUUCAAACGAGGCUGGACGCUCCAAGAAUUGUUGGCUUCACGUGCUGUCUUGUUCUAUACGCAGGACUGGUCACUCUAUAUGAACCGUGAAUCCGCAAAUCACAAAACAGACCCCGCCUUGCUCGAAGAGGUCGAGAAGGCAACCGGAAUAGAAAAACAGCAUCUCAUUGACUUUUAUCCAGGCCUGGACAAUGCGCGAUCUAGACUGCACUGGGCAUCAGUCCGUAGUACCACUCGGCCGGAAGAUAUUGCCUAUUCACUUUUUGGAAUCUUCAAAAUUCACUUACCAGUCCUCUAUGGUGAAUCUGUGGAGAAUGCGCUCGGACGUCUCCUGGCAGAGAUCAUUUCACGUUCUGGAGACAUUUCGGUUCUGGACUGGGCUGGGGAGGCAUCAUCGUUCAAUAGCUGCUUCCCUGCCAAUCUCGUACCGUAUCAGACGGUGCCUGACAUCCAGUUGACCCCCAGUAACCCUGCCAAACAUGAUGAUCUGGAUCCUGAAAAGGCACAGAAAUUGUACAAUAACCUUGCAAGAUUACCACGGGCCGGAUUUGUUAACAGCAAGCUUGUGUUGCCCUGCACCGUCCACCCGGCCACUGUAGUCAAACUACAAGGGACCUCGACUAGACCCUCCGACCGCUAUACGUACACGAUUCAUGCGUCGCGCCUUACUCCCCUCGAGCUCGCGCUGUCAGCCAACCUCGACGAGGGUGCCGGUAGAUAUGUUCUUGUUCGUCCGUGGCAUCCAAAAGCACUCCCGACGCAAAGCGGCGGCGAUGAUGACGCUAUGUGGGAGCUGUUGGAACAGCUGAAGCAACCAUUCAACACACUUCUACUUGAGAAGUCGCGUCACAAUGAGUACAGGAGAAUCGCAAGCGACUGUAUGAUUACUGCUUACCCUCAGGAUCUGACCAGUGUCUUAGAUAGUCAAGUGCUGAUACCCGAGAUCGUGUAGGAAGUCUUUCUUACCGAAAGUGACCUGCGUCACC